AUGCUAAUGGAAGAUGGAGGAUUAGACACCACCUCUGAAGAAUACCGUAAGCUAUCAAAAGCGGAGAGACGGAAAAGAAGACGCGCUACUCCAAAAUAUCGUAAUUUGCAUGCUACUAGAGAACGAAUUCGUGUCGAAUCAUUUAACUUGGCAUUCUCUCAACUGCGAGCUUUGCUUCCAACACUCCCCGUGGAGAAAAAACUCUCAAAGAUUGAAAUCCUCCGUUUUUCAAUUGCCUACAUAAGUUUUCUUGAUAAUUUACUGCGAUAA